AUGUGUGCUAGAAUUUUGGAGACAAAACAAUUCAAAUCAGAACAUCUUUUUUACAAUUCGAACCCGUUUGACAGGAUUUUAACGGGCGGCAAAUGAAAAUACUCUAACAUACAUAUAUACAUGCCGUAAAAGCAACGGGAAUUUUAAGCAAUUGCAGCAGCAGCCUACACCGUACACAAAUACAUAGAUAGAAAUUUCAUACGUGCGCGUCCAGCAAAUAUUCCCGGUCUCAAAAAUCGCCGAUAUUGACAUUAUAAAAGCGCUACCAAAUUUGGCAAACGGUAUCAGAAACAAUCGAGUAUUCUAGUCUAAUCCUCACCAAAAAAAAAGCAGCUAAUAUGUUCAAAUACGUGCUACUCUUUGCCUUCGUCGCUUACGCCGCAGCCAAUGGUGCUGAAGAUGAUGCGCACGCUGAAAUAACAGUACGGGAGAUGGAAGUCUUUGCUGAUGGUUUCAGGGCCGCACUGGAGACAACCAACCACAUUCACGUUGUACAGAGUGGUGAUGCCGCUGGCAACAUCCAGGGUGACUACUCAUACGUCUCGCCCGAAGGUGAAAACAUCGCUGUGAGCUAUGUUGCCGAUGCAAGUGGUUACCACCCUAAGAGUGAGCUCUUGCCCACCGCACCACCAACCCCAGCUGCCAUUCUCAAGGCACUCGAAUAUAUCGCUGCUCAUCCACCAAAGGAGGAGAAACACUAAAUUGCUUGUGUUCCAAGGAUUAUGAACGGAUCGGCUGAUUUUGGACACGUACUAAUGAGGAUACUGUUGACUUGGUUAUAAAUGGGUCGAAGUUAGAUAUUCGACUUUUUCGCGAAGACUCUAUUUUUCCAGGCUCAUUGCCAACAAUUCAGUUUAAUAUAAAUUUUUUUUUUUUGUAAAUACGUAUGUAUGUGUUAAAUGCAAGUAAAAUAUUCCAGCAAACUGGUAAAAAAUCAAAACCUACUUUCUUUUUAUUAUUGUUGUUUUCAAUAAUUUUAUUCGACACCACUAGUUUUAUCUGACCUUAGGGUCAAUUGAUCCACCCCUUUGUAGAAGCAUAAUUAACGAGUUGCAUGAAAAGCUCUCAAAGCUGCGAGUUUACCUCCAAGUAAACCCCUCAGAAAAACAAUUAAUUCUCAACUUUCUGGAAUAAAUCGAUAUCCUUCAAAGUUCUUACGCCAAACCUUUCUCUGGAAGACUCAUAAGAUAAUU